CAUGUGACAGAGUGUUGUUGGUUUGCUGGGCUUCCUGGUUUCCGUGAUCAUGUGAAUACUACAGCUAGCCGUCCCGGUCAUACACACUACCCCAGUUUGGGCACUCGACACCCCGCUACAGCCUGCGCUGGUUCCCACUAGCUACUCUAUGGCGGAUGGAGAGCGUAGCCCGUUGCUUUCGGACCAGCACGACGGGACGAAUGGUUCCUCGUAUGGCUUUUCCCCGAGGCCACAGAGUUUCCCUCCAUUCCUCAGCCCCAGUGCCCCUCCAUUCCUCAGCCCCAGUGCCCCCCCUCCAGUCCUGUUCGGUGAAGCCCCGCCUCCCUACUCUCCCCUGGGCAGCCCAGACAUUGGCAGCUCCCCCAUCAUCAGUUGCAGGGUGUGUCAGAGUGCCAUCAACGUGGAGGGAAAGACACACCAACACGUAGUCAAGUGUGUCAUCUGCAAUGAGGCUACGCCUAUAAAGAAUGCUCCUGCAGGGAAGAAGUAUGUCCGCUGCCCCUGUAACUGUCUCCUCAUCUGUAAAGUCUCCUCCCAGAGGAUCGCCUGUCCCCGACUAUACUGUAAGCGUGUCAUGAACUUGGGUCUGGUGCCUGCUGCAGGAUCGGGUUCAGGCAGUCCAGAACCUCAACAACUCGCUGGCGUCAGAGUGGUCUGUGGACACUGCAGAAACACAUUCCUGUGGACUGAUUUCUCAGACAGAACGUUAGCCAGAUGCCCCCAUUGCAGAAAAGUCUCUUCUGUUGGCCGGCGGUACCCCAGGAGGCGGGGCUUGUGGUGUUUCCUGUUGUUUUUGGUUUUCUCUGGCGGCACGGCAGGACUAGUGGUGGGAACGUGUAAAUCAGCCUUGCUCAACAGAGGGAUCUAUGCCUCCUGGGUCUUCCUGAUUCUCCUGGCUGUACUGAGCAUGUGCAGAAUGAUCUACUGGGGCUGUCUGAAGAUCAGC